CUGCAGCUGCUGCACGUCCCUGUGACGCGCUGGAAGCAGACUUCGAUCCCGGGUCCGGGUUCUGCUGCUGCGGCUUUUUGACAAGGAUAAUUAACCAUGACUACAGAAUCUGGUUCAGACUCUGAAUCCAAAGAUCAGGAUCAAGAGCAGAAAGAAACAUCUGGUCAACAAGAAACAACAACCCAAGAACAGCAGCCACAGCAAGUGAAGGAAGAGCACCAGAAUGCAUUAGAACAAUUUUCCAGUGUUGCAGCCCAUAGCACUCCUGUGAAAAAGGAACAGGUCACUGACAAAGAACUUGAAGUUGCUGCUGAAGUGGCAAAGCAACUGGAAUAUCAGCAGUUUGAAGACGACAAACUCUCUCAAAAAUCAUCCUCAAGCAAACUCUCCCGUUCUCCUUUAAAGAUUGUCAAAAAACCAAAAAGUAUGCAGUGCAAAGUAAUCCUUCUGGAUGGCUCUGAAUAUGGCUGUGAAGUAGAGAAACGCUCAAAGGGCCAGAUUCUUUUUGACAAAGUAUGUGAGCACCUGAACCUCUUGGAAAAAGAUUAUUUUGGGCUAACUUACAGAGAUAUGGAAAAUCAGAAGAAUUGGUUGGAUCCAGCCAAGGAAAUUAAAAAACAGAUCCGAAGUGGUGCUUGGCAAUUCUCGUUCAAUGUUAAAUUCUACCCUCCUGAUCCUGCCCAACUUUCUGAAGAUAUUACAAGGUAUUACCUCUGCUUGCAGCUGAGAGAUGACAUUGUAUCUGGACGAUUGCCAUGUUCUUUUGUUACACUUGCACUAUUAGGCUCCUAUACAGUUCAGUCCGAGCUUGGAGAUUAUGAUCCUGAUGAAUAUGGAAGUGAUUAUGUCAGUGAAUUCCGCUUUGCACCAAACCAUACUAAAGAACUGGAAGAUAAAGUAAUAGAGCUUCAUAAAAGCCAUAGGGGAAUGACACCUGCAGAAGCAGAGAUGCACUUCCUAGAAAAUGCCAAAAAACUGUCUAUGUAUGGAGUAGAUCUACAUCAUGCCAAGGAUUCUGAAGGAGUUGAAAUCAUGUUAGGAGUCUGUGCAAGUGGUCUCUUGAUUUAUCGAGACAGACUCAGAAUAAACAGAUUUGCUUGGCCUAAGGUUCUCAAAAUUUCAUAUAAGAGGAAUAACUUCUACAUCAAAAUUCGACCAGGGGAAUUUGAGCAGUUUGAAAGUACAAUUGGAUUUAAACUACCAAAUCAUCGUGCUGCAAAACGUCUGUGGAAAGUAUGUGUUGAACAUCAUACAUUUUUCAGACUCUUGCUACCAGAAGCUCCUCCAAAAAAAUUCCUUACACUAGGUUCUAAGUUCCGCUACAGUGGAAGGACACAAGCCCAGACCAGAAGGGCUAGUGCACUGAUUGACCGCCCUGCACCUUACUUUGAACGUUCAUCAAGCAAACGCUACACUAUGUCUCGCAGCCUAGAUGGGGCAUCAGUGAAUGAAAACCAUGAAAUGUACAUGAAGGAUUCUAUGUCUGCUGCAGAGGUUGGUACUGGCCAGUACGCUACAACAAAGGGCAUCUCUCAAACCAACUUGAUAACCACUGUGACUCCAGAGAAGAAAGCAGAAGAAGAGAAAGAUGACGAACAGAUAAAAAAGCAAGCAGAGGAAGUCACUCCAGUUUUAGCAGUACGGCACGAUACUAAGACUGACAGUGAAAGGACUGACACCGCAGCGGAUGGUGAAACCACUGCCACAGAGUCAGAUCAGGAAGAAGAUGGUGAUCUCAAGGCACAGGAACUAGAUAAAACCCAAGAAGAUCUGUUAAAACACCAGACCAAUAUAAGUGAGCUGAAACGGACAUUCUUAGAAACCGCCACAGAUACCUCAGGAGCUAAUGAAUGGGAAAAGAGACUUUCAACAUCACCAGUCCGGCUUGCUGCAAGACAAGAAGAAGCCCCUAUGAUUGAGCCACUUGUGCCUGACGAGACCAAAGAAGAUAAAGAAAAAUCUGAAAAACGUGUAUUUUUACAGAAGGAAAGCACUACCUACCUUGAUUCUCAGGGCACUGAGGAUUGGGUUAUUGUAGACAAAGUACCCAUUGAGGUAGUUGAUGGUGAAUCGAAAACCAUUGUGACAUACAAAUUAAUGACUGUGAGCAGUAAAACUGGUGACAUCCCACCCGAGCUUUUAAAACACAGUAUCUCUGACAUACAGAGCUUUCAGGACUUGGAAGGUGAAUUGCUGUCAAAGGAUGACAAUAAACAGAAAAUGUAUACCUUAGGAAAAUCCUAUGAUACUGUUUCUGGGAAAAUUGUAACCUUGACUACUAAAGUAAAGGAGGGAGAAAAAGUUGUUCUGCCAUCCCUUGAUGCAUUUCAAAAAACAGAGAGAGCAAUGCCAGAAUCUGUGAAAAUCAUUCCUGUAGUAGCAGAAUAUGAAAUUCUAGAACCAGUUAAUGAUGAGAAAGCCAGAAGAUUAUCUGAUGCCAAAAGAAGGGUUUCUGAGUCCUUGACACCCAUUAAAGAAGCAGACUCCAGACUACAAAGUCCAGAAGAGGAAAAUGUGAAGAAGACCCUGAAGACAGAUCAAGACUUGGAGUUGCCUGAUACGCUGGGAAGCAUGCAGACAGCCAAAGCUGAGAAAUCACUUGAGAGUGAACAGUUGAAAGGAGAGACUUUUGGUUGGAAAACUAAACCUGAGUGGAAAUAUUCCAAAGAGCCACCUUUUACCAUUGCUACUGCUCACUAUGUCACUGAGUCAUCAGCAUCAAGAGUAGUGACAAAACAGCUCUCCGAUGAAAAAACUUUGGAUGAUUCUGGUAUCUUCACAUUAAUAGAAUCUGCAAGAAAACCAACUGAGUUCAUAGGAGGGGUUACAACUACUUCUCAUAGCUGGGCACAGCAAACAGAAGCAAAAUUUGAUCAGGAAAAGAAAGCAGACCAGCAACAGCAGGAGGCCAUAAAGAAGGUUGUGCAGGAAACUGUAAUAGUCGAGGAGAAACAUGUGAUGAAUGUGCAUGCAAGUGGGGAUGCUGCUAAAUUGGCUGGCCUUCAGCUGGAUGCUACGGCACAGACAAUAUCUCCUGUGGCUUCUAGCAUCAAAGGGAAGGAGGGCUCUGCUAUGACUGAGGGGGCUAAAGAGGAAAAAUGGCAGGCGAUUGAAACAGCUGCAGUCCAACAGGAAGAAACUGCUACUAUUUCUCAUGAUCUAGAAGAGGAGCAGAGUAAAUCAGCCCAUAUUUUGAAUAUACAGGAAAGAGAGCCUCUUUUUGAGUCACCCAUUGUGAAGACUGAGACAAUCAGUUUUGGCAGUGCUUCUCCGGGUGGAGAGAAAUUGGAAAUUUCUAUGAAAGAAGUACCUGUUGUCCAUACUGAAACAAAAACCAUUACAUAUGAAUCAUCUGAGGUUGAUUCUAAUGCUGACUCUGAGCCAGGAGUUCUGAUGAGUGCACAGACCAUCACUUCUGAAACUACUAGUACUACAACUACUACACAUAUCACCAAAACAGUGAAAGGAGGCAUUUCAGAGACAAGAAUUGAAAAGCGAAUUGUGAUUACGGGUGAUGCAGACAUUGACCAUGAUCAGGCGCUGGCUCAGGCAAUUAAAGAGGCCAAAGAGCAGCACCCUGACAUGUCAGUGACCAAAGUAGUGGUACAUAAAGAGACAGAAAUCACACCAGAAGAUGGGGAGGAUUGAGCACAGGAAUAGAGUAGUUUUCUUAUGAACUUCAUCACUGGAAUAUCAGAGCCUAUAUGGAGUCUUGGUUCUAACCCAGCCAGCUUGCAUCUCUCCAGAGAAAUUUUCAGUGUGGAAGAUUUUGAUCUUGAUUGCUAUCUAAGGACACUGGCAGAAAUUUCCCAUUUACAGCAAUUUGAAUCAGCAUUAAUAAUCUAAUAAUUGCAUGAAACAACAACGAAUUACAAAAAAGCAGCAUUUUUAUUUUCCUAAACCAACAUUACAUCUAUAUGGCACGUUCAUCAACAGUAUAAAACAAUUGUAUUAUGCUACACAUAAAACAGCUCAUGCCUUUACUAUUAUUGAGAGUCUAAACAGUUUCUUAGGGUGCAAAGUUAAGUUUAGGGGAAAUCAAGAUCACACUAAAAUACUAGAAGCUGUACAGGUACUAUAUAUAUAUGUUUUAUCACAUUAGAUGUGCCAAUAACAUACUUUAUUCAGUAAAUAACUUGAAUCAUAUAUUCGUUAUAAUUUGGUUUUAUUACUCUUGUUCAAUAAACAAUGGUGAAUCUCUACUCUUAUUUAAAUGCAUACAAAAAGCUUUCUUUAUCUGAUUUGGAAUCCUUAAUAGCUAAUAAUGAUUUUUAGAAUUCUUGAAGUUAGAAAUCCUGCUGUCACUUUUCUAAAGUCUCAAUCUAUAAAUUUGCAUUGUGAUUAUUUUGAAGAAAAUGUAUGUUUUCCUUAGCAUCUCAGAUAUGCUUAUCUGAAAAUGUGAUCUUUGAAAAACUGAGUUCCUGUCUACUCUCAGAAAGAUGUUUCUUUUGCAAGUCUAGUCAGUGUUCCUUACCUAGGUCAGAGUUAAGCCUUAAACCGUACAGAACACUUAUUAAGCAUUAUUUCAUUUUGGUUAUCACAUCAAUUUAAGGGAUCCUAUCUUCUUUAUGCUGUCAGUUUCAUCACAAUAGAUGGCAAAUGUAUGUUUCUGCAUAGUAAAAUAAAAGUGGUAAAUGCA